UUUUGCUGGUGAAAAGGAACCAAAAGCACUCUUUCCUGGUUCAGAUGAUGUGAAUCAGCUUGAAAAGAUAUUUGAAUGGUGUGGUACUCCUUCAACGGAAGAAUGGGCUGAGGUUGAAAAUCUUGCUCAUUGGAAUGCUCUUAAACCAAAAGAAUCAAAGAAGAGAAGACUCUUGGAAAGAUUUGCAAACUUGAAAUCAUGCUCAAAGAAGGUUCUAGAUUUACUUGAUAAGCUUCUUGUGCUUAAUCCUGCCAAACGAUUAACAACCAAUGAAUGCUUAAAUCACGACUGGUUCUGGGAAAAGGGUUCCACAACCAAUAUCAAACUCAAAAAUCUUCCUUCAACAGCUACUAAUGAAUUCCUUACAAGAAAGAAGGGUGAUAACAAACCAAAUGCACCUUCACAUCAAUUACCAGGUUCUACCAGUGUCCAACAGUUGCCACACAAUAUUAAUCAGAGCUAUGGUGUUUCAUCUACAUCAUCCUCUCAUCCACCAUUUGGUAGUAGUAAUGGUAACAGACAUUCCUAUAAUCCCUCUCACCAUCAUCAAUCGUCACACCAUAGCAGUCAUCAUUCGAACACUAGCUCCUCUCACCAUAAUGGUAGCUCACAUCAUAAUAGUCACCACCAUCACCAAUCAUCACAUCACCACUCUAGUAGCUCACAUCAUGGCUCAACUGGUUCAGGUCAUUCCAAUAAUUAUCAUCGUGACAAUAGGCAUCACCAUGAUCCUCCUCAAAGAAAUAACCAAUUAGCACCUCCAAAUAAGAAGGUUAAAUAUUAAUAAAUGAGUUAUUUAAAGG